AGCACUACUGCAACCCUAUCUAAUUUUGCUUUACUGCAGCUACGGUAGUUGAUUCCGAAACGCACCCAAAAAUUCAAGAGAGUUUGUAUUUUAUCGAUACAAUGAUUUCUGAGGCGUGAGCGAGGAAAGCCUAACAAAGACCCCAGUUGGCGUUAGUACAGCACGAUUUACACAGAUUUAUACGACUAAUUACAGCUGAUACAGUCCAUAUCAACCCAUUCUUGUUGUAGAACACAAUUAAAAGAAAGGAUCCAGAAAAAAGGAUAACUGUACUGAUUGUGAGAACGCGGAGAGCAGCAAGAUGGCGACACAGAAAGAGAAAGAUCUUGAGCAGAAGAAAACUUGGCAGAUUGACUGUAAAAAGCUUAAAUGGUCUUAUGAAUUGAUCGUGGAGAACUACAGGAAGAAUCUUCAGAAUGAAGAACGGACCUUUAGUAUAACAUCGCCAAUUGUCCAAUUGCCAGUUUAUCCCAUGAUGUUUAUUAGUACGUCUAAAUUUGUUCACAAAUCAGAGGAGCCGUCGGGAGCAACGCAAGUUGGCAUAAUGCUUACCGGUGAUGACAUACCACUGGGAAUCGGUGUGGAAAUGUACAUUCACGACUCAACGAACCAGAAAAGAGUUAUUUCUAAAGGAACUAUUGCCAAAUUCCUCGAAAAAGAACUGAUUGCAGAAGAUCUGAAUACGUUGAACCUCCUGAUGUCUUUCACUGAACUCCAGAAAGAGUAUAAUCUUCGGAAAGGACCUCUGACAUUCCAUUAUGACUUCACAAUAUUCAGCGAAUUUACCAUCAAGAAACGUAAGCCUAACGUGCCAGCCCUACCCGACCCUGACUCUGGCCUCGUGAACGUAUUCAAAGCUCUUUUCAAUGAUGAAAAGUUUUCCGAUGUCACAUUGAUAGUUGGAGAGACAAAAUUCUACGCCCACAAACUGAUUUUGUCUGUUCGAAGUUCUGUCUUUGCUGCAAUGUUCACCGACAAAACGAAGAGUACUGUCGAGAUAACAGACUUUUCUGAUCGCGUGAUUAAAGCUCUGUUGCGUUACAUCUACAGCGAUGAAGUUGAGCCUGCCUGGUACACAAAUGAGGAAUUCGUUCACGCUGCUUACAAGUACGAUUUGAAAAAUCUCCUCAAGCCCUUGUGUAGACGAGUCCUUUGCGAAAAUCUCAACUCAAAAAAUGCUCCCGCGAGGCUGAUGAUUGCUGAUGAAUUUAACGUUGAAGAAGUUAAACAACGUAUUGUGAAAUUCAUGUUUGGCUCUGUCGAACUUUGAUCCUCCCUGACUACAAAACUAAAGGAUUGAAGUGUUCAAAUAUUUUGUUAUUCAAAACAAGAAUUUUUUCGGCUCAAAUUUUCCAAGUUUUCUUGUUUGAUUUUCUUGAUAAAAAGAAAUGAAAACCAGAAUGAAAAAAAAAUAGAAAAUUUGAGCCGAGGAAAUUCUAUAAAAGAUAUCUCACUAGAAUAAGGUGUAUAGAAAAAUCCAAUUCUAUUCAUUUUUUUAAUAGAUUUUUUUCUACUCAACAUUCCAAUAGAAAUCCAAUAGA